AUGGGAGUUCAUAAAUUAUGGGACCUUCUAACAGCAACGGCACUCCCAGUGAGAGUGGAAUCGCUGUUCGGAAAAGUGUGUUGCAUAGACGCAAGCUUUUGGAUCAUACACUGUAUGGCCUCGGAGUCUAUUAAUAGACACGGAGGAGACGUUAUCGCAGUAUUCUUCCUGAGGAUUUGCUACCUGUUGGACAAGGGAAUAAGGCCCGUGUUCGUGUUCGACGGGAAAUCGCCGUUCGCAAAAAUAAAGACGAUCAUAAAGAGGAAGAUGAUAAACAAUAAAUAUAGCACUAACCACAAGCUGUUGGCAUUUAAGAUGUUGGUGGCACAGCUCGAAAGCACAAACAGGCAAAUGAACCUAAACAGAGUAGCAUAUCCGAUGCCACAAACGUAUUCAAUUGAGCCCUCAGAAGAGACUAAUAGUUCGGAGCAGACAGAAGAAUGUCAACAUUCUAGCGAUGUAGACUUAUUUGAGCUCUUUCCAGAAGACUUUUUAAAUAAGACCGACGAAGAGGAGUUUGACAGGGAGCUUAAGAUGCUCAAGGAAUGUGACUUCCUGACAAGCAAGUCGAAGUACGAACUUAUGAAUGCAGUAAGAGAUAGAAUCAUACAGAAGGACAGGGACGAGUCGCUGAAGUUGAAGGGGAAGAUAGACGAGUACUCGAACCACCAGAUUCAGUCGUAUUUGACAGACGUGAAGAUCAACAAUGAAAUUGAGCAGUUGAAGAACGAAUUGUACCAAAGAUACCCACAAUCACAGCAGAGAGUGGAGUCCCUGAACUUUAGGAACGCACUUAACGAUGAGAUAUGCAACUACAACGAGUACUUUGCAACGAACUUCGAAAACAACUUCAUAGCUCUAAGAGGUGAUUAUGAGGAAGGUAAUGAGGCAAAGUUCGAUGAGUACAUAAAGGAGGAGCCCAUGAAGUCGCAUACGGAAGAAAUUGAUGACUCGGUAUUUGCAACAGACGAUCAGAUAUUCGGAACGGAGUUAAUGUCAGGGAUGGAAAACAUUGAGGGCAAAAGGAGUUUGAAACAGGAAUCAAAAGAAGAUAUAGAGUCACAAAACAAUUUAAAUUCAUCAGAAAAAGGUGGAAAUACACAAAAACAAGUACAUCAUACUGAUUCAAUUACUCGUAGAGAUUAUACAGACAACCUAAAACAACAAUCUUUAUCAGAUAAUGAGGAACAGCAUCAAUUAUCUUCAGGCAUCGAUCAAAAACAACCUCCAUCUUACAAUGAUCAAAAACAACCGUCAUCUUACAAUGAUCAAAAACAACCGACCUCUGACAACGACCAACAACGACAACCCUCAGACGAUGAACGAUCAUCCUCUGAUGAUGAGGAUGAAGUGUUUGUUGCGAAGAAGCCAGAAAAUAUUAUACAGCCUGAGUAUACAGAUAAGAUAAAGCUGACUCAGAAUAAAAUGUACUACGAUGAUACUCAGGCGUUGCUGGAGUUGUUCGGAGUGCCGUACCUAAUAGCACCCUCAGAAGCAGAGUCGCAGUGCGCGUACAUGAAUAAGAAGGGAGACUGCUACGCAGUGAUAUCAGACGACUCAGACGCACUGGUAUUUGGAGCAAGGUGCCUCCUGAAAAACUUCUACAACGACAACGUCUUCGAGCUAUACACUGCAGAAAGGAUUCGGAAGGAGCUGGGUAUCGGAAGGAAACAGCUGGCGCUGAUAGCAGUGAUAUGCGGGUGCGACUACACCAACGGAGUGCGAGGAAUAGGCGUGGUUAACGCGCUCGAGGUGAUCAAGGCGUACCCGAAGUUCGAGGACCUCCACGAGUUCAAGCACUGGGCGACCAGCGACUGCAGCGUCGAGUCGGCGACGUCGGACGAGUGCCAGCUCAGAAGCGAGUACAAGAAGGCGCACAUCAACUACAGAGUACACUGGACCUUCAGCUCGGACUUCCCGAACAGAGAGGCGUACGACCUCUUCCUGAGGCCGACCACGACCGACGAGUAUCAUCUGAGCUGGAAGAAGCCGGAUUUUAAGCCGCUGCUAGAGUUCAUGUUGAAGAGGUCGUCGCUGCCUCAGGAGCAGGUGAAGCAGUGCCUCGAUUUGCUGUACGUGCGGAGGUCGCAGCAGUUCAUCAUGGAGGACGUCGUUCCCGACAUUGCGGCGAAGCCUUUCGUGAAGAAGGCGCUCGCCAAGUACAGAAGGUCGCUGAACACGAACUUGUCUGCGUUCAGAAGGAUGCUGUCGAACAUAAAGUCCCGUUCAAGGUUCAACAUAGGCACGAAGCUGCUCAUAGAUCGCAGCCACACAUUGUCGAAGAUCAGGUCGAAAAGGAUGCUCGAGUCGAUAAAGUCGAUAAGGAAAAGAAACGUCAACGUAAAGAGAAUAUAA